AUGAAGUUCAACUCCAUCAUCACUACUGUCGCCACUGCCGCAGCCUUUUGGGCUUCCAUGGCCGAGACCAAAUGCAUCCAGGGACCCAAGCGUGCCGGAAAUUCCUGCAUCCCUGACAACAAAGGCUUGCUUACUUGCGGCCUAGGAAAUGAUGGCAACGUCAUUUAUUUCCCGGUGAAACGAAGCAUUGGCUAA